AUGACUGUUGCUGAUGCUUUAUUCAAUCAAGCUGAUCUAAACCAAGAUCAACAAAUUGACAUAAAUGAAUUUCGAAAUUUUACUGGUGCUGGUGGUCUAUCAGCCUAUGGCACUGGUAAUUUAAACACAUGGAGAGUUGUUGGUGGUGGUUAUGGAGGUGGUCUUGCUUAUGCUGGAGCUGGACUUGGUAGUGCUGAUUAUAAUGCAUCAAUUAUCAAUGCUGGUGCUGAUUUAGCUGCAGCUAACUAUUUAUCUACAUCGCAAUUGACUGGUUAUCAACAGUAUGCAACUGAUUCUCGAGGUCUCUAUCAAGAUCCAAAUCCAAAAAUUAUACGUCGUCCAGCACCAGGUGGUGCUGUUACUUACACACAAAAUGUUCGAGUUCGAUUUCUUCAACCACCACCUGUUCCAGCACCAGGCCCAUUGAUUAUCAAAGAAGUGCGACCACCUCAACCACCACUACCACCUCCACUUCGUAUUCGUCAACAAGCUCCACCUUUUCCUUCACCACCUCCACUUAUAUUACGUGAACGACCACCAGUUCCACCACCUCAUAUUCAUACUCAAACUGUUAUCCGACAACUGCCUGCUGUUCCUGUUCCACCUCGAUCAGUCAUUAUGGAACGUUUACCAGCAGCACCACCUAAACCUCGUGAUAUUUUUAUUGAACGAUGGAUUCCAUAUAGAUCACAACCUGGACGAAAAACAAUUGUUCAACGUGCACCACCAGCUCAACAGUAUCCAAGACCAAGAAAUACUAUCAUUCAAUAUGAACCUGCUCAUGUACGUGUUAUGCGAAAAUUUCAACGUUUUAGUGUUGUGAAAGAAAAUCCAGCAUUAUAUGUUCAACAUUAUGGAGCAACACUUUUAGAUUCUCAGUCAUUGGUACAACAAGCACGUGCUGCUGGUGUUGUUGAAGAUAUUUCACCACCUGGUUUCGUUGGUUCAUUGGCUGGUGACUCCUCUCAAUUAUUAUUAUCGGGUGGUAAUCUUGGUUAUGACAUUACCAAUGUUUUUGGAGGUUAUAACACUUUUGAUACUGGCACAAUUGGAUUUAAUGAUAUUGGAUCCUAUCAAUCGUCAUAUUACACAGGUGGUACUGAUUUUUCAACAUUUGAUGCUGGUUUAGGAACUGCUGAUCUUCUCGGAUCAGAUUUUAGUGGAAUUAGUUCGUAUGAUUUAUCAUCAUACAAUGUAUUAAAUAAUGCAACAAUUGGUAGUACAGCAUUUGCUGCUACACUUUAA